AUGGACAGGAGCUCGCUGCUGCAGCUUAUCCAGGAGCAGCUGGACCCUGAGAACACAGGCUUCAUCGGUGCAGACACCUUCACUGGCCUGGUGCACCGCCAUGAGCUGCCCCUGGACCCAGCCAAGCUGGACAUGCUGGUGGCACUGGCCCAGAGCAACGAGCGGGGCCAGGUCUGCUAUCAGGAGCUGGUGGACCUGAUCAGCAGCAAGCGCUCAAGCAGCUUCAAGCGGGCCAUCGCCAACGGACAGCGGGCACUGCCUCGGGACGGGCUGCUGGAUGAGCCAGGCCUGGGUGUUUACAAGCGGUUCGUGCGCUACGUGGCCUACGAGAUCCUGCCCCGAGAGGUGGACCGCCACUGGUAUUUCUACCGGCACCGCAGCUGCCCGCCCCCCGUAUUUAUGGCCUCAGUCACCCUUGCCCAGAUCAUCGUGUUCCUGUGCUAUGGGGCCCGGCUCAACAAGUGGGUGCUGCAGACCUACCACCCCGAGUACAUGAAGAGCCCCCUUGUGUACCACCCCGGCCACAGGGCUCGGGCCUGGCGCUUCCUCACCUAUAUGUUCAUGCAUGUUGGGCUGGAGCAGCUGGGGUUCAAUGCCCUCCUGCAGCUGAUGAUCGGGGUGCCAUUGGAGAUGGUGCACGGCCUGCUCCGCAUCAGCCUGCUCUACCUGGCGGGCGUGCUGGCAGGCUCCCUGACCGUCUCCAUUACUGACAUGCGGGCCCCUGUGGUGGGGGGCUCCGGCGGGGUCUAUGCCCUGUGUUCUGCACACCUGGCCAAUGUCGUCAUGAACUGGGCUGGGAUGAGGUGUCCGUACAAGCUGCUGAGGAUGGUGCUGGCCCUGGUGUGCAUGAGCUCCGAGGUGGGCCGGGCCGUAUGGCUGCGCUUCUCCCCGCCACUGCCUGCCUCAGGCCCACAGCCCAGCUUCGUGGCGCACCUGGCGGGCGCGGUGGUGGGCGUCAGCAUGGGCCUGACCAUCCUGCGCAGCUACGAAGAGCGCCUGCAGGACCAGUGCGGCUGGUGGGUGGUACUGCUUGCCUAUGGCACCUUCCUGCUGUUUGCCAUCUUCUGGAACAUCUUUGCCUACGACCUGUUGGGUGCCCAUAUCCCCCCACCACCCUGA